AUGACGACGGCGCAAGGCAGAACAUCCGCGCGCGUGGCUUCCGCGGCCUCUUCCUCCGCGCACCUCCAAGCUACCGCGCAAAGCCUAACUUCCGUAGGCGUGGUGAUUGCGCAGGCUUCCGCGCCUCCCCCUCCCCCUCCCGACGACCGGCCAGACAAGGGGGAUGGGGGGAGCACUCCGCCCGUGGGGAACGAGGCGCGACUGACACCCGACAAUGAAAUCAUUGGCGUGUGUCAAACCGGAGUUAAGCUUCCUCUUAAAAUUCUGAUCCGUUCGUUUGAGCGUUUGGCUCCUGUUCCUCAAGCAUCCAGUACGAUGCUCUCGUCUCUCCUCGCCUCAGCUCCCUUCACCAGCACCAUCGCCCCGCGGCACAGAGGUGCUGUGACUGGCCCAGCAUCUUCCUUCCCUUGUGUCGCCUCGCCCCGUAGCGCCCUCCUACCACCAUCUACGAUUGGAACGGACAGACGUGGAGAGGCCGUUUCACCAUCUUCACUCCCCAUUCUCUUUCUAUCCCUUCGCUCACCUCCCCUCUCGUCCCUUUUCUUUCCUUCCCCGCACGCCUCACAGCCACCUCCACCAUCACCAUCGCCCCUGAUUGGAACGGACAGACGUGGCGAGGCUGGGGAACCUCGCGGGCAUGGUGAGUUGCUUGCCUGGUUCGCCAACUACGUGGGCAAGCUACCAGACGACCAACUCUCUUAUGUUUCGUUCGCCAACUACGUGGGCAAGCUGCCGGACGACCAGUUCAAUCUCAUAAUGGAUUUACUCUUCGACAAGGACAAGGGCAUCGGGCUCAACUUGGCCCGCUACCUCAUAGGCGGCAGCGUCAACUACACUAACAGCCCCCAGUUCCUCACCGCCGCCUGGGAGACCCGCUCCAUCCCCGGCUUCCGCGUCCAGCCAAACGGGCCGUACGACUGGACGGCGGACGGGCGGCAGAGAUGGACAAUGCUCGCCGCCCUGGCGCGGAAUGUGGACGAGGCAUAUACGGACUACCAAGCGUCUGUGAUCGAGCACUACCGCAGGUACUGGAACGUGACGUUUUCCACGAUGAACCCUUCAAAUGAGGCGCUGGAGGGGUGGUGGUCGCAGGGUUCGAAGAACGAGGGGUGCAACUACAGCCCUGAGCAGCUGAGCACUCUCAUUCGCCUCCUCACCGCCAACCUCCAGAAACGAAAGCUCCCAACGAAAGUCGCGGGGUUUGACAGUUUCGUCGGCGCCACUCUCCGGUAUACAUACAAGUUCCCUGCUGCAGUGAAGGCCGGCCUUUUUUGGCUGAACGUGCACGGGUACAUUCCGCCGCCGCCCAACACGACGGAUACACGGCGGUACAUGGAAGGCGUGAUGGUGGGAAUGCACCGCAUGGCGACCGGGCUUGGCAAGGAGGUGUGGAUGUCGGAGGUGGGGCCGAUGUGGGUGGUCGGCAAUGACGUGGGUGUGAUGCUGUUCAUAGCACGGCAGAUAGUGCAGGCUGUGAACACUAUGGGGGCUUCCGCUUGGAUUUUCUGGCAGGCAGUGAGUGGGGUGGCUACUAACCCAGACGCGUUCCUGAAAUGGGGGCUUUUGGCGGUCAGGAUCUACCGGCUGAACGACACAGAAGUUAAGCCGUUGGAUCUGGUGAUGUCCAAGGCCGGCCGCGCGCCUUCACCGCGUGAGGAGACGCCCGAGCGCCAAGUGUCCGAGGCGGACACUGAGUAUCUGCCAUGGGCUGACCGCAUCGAUGUCAAGGAAGACAAUGGAACCGAGGAAACUGAGGUGAAAGAAAGCGACGACGAGGAGCGGGACGCUCCAGUUGACGAAGAGGCUGAAGCUGCUCGCCGCCCGCAGCGCGCGAUGUCGGAAGUUGUGGCGGGAUCUUCGCACGACACCGCGACUCCUCGUUGCCCAGGAGGCCGCGGGCCUAGCUCUACCCGCGCACGUGCCAACGGCGCAACGCCGACGGGCACCGCGACCACUGGACCUGUCAACGCUGCUAUGGCGGCUGCGGCGACACAGCAGGAGCGUCAGAUCCUGUCUCUCAACCAGCGGAUCAAUCGCCUCGAGGGGAGGCAUGAUGCAGCGACGCGCCCUGAAAUCACGCGACUGACUGCUGCGCGUCCGCGGCGCGGACGUGAGGCCACGGUCGAUUUGCGCGGGGCUUUGCGUCGCCGUACUGACAACUCAGGCGACUACGCCAAUGGGGGUUCGCGCUCGUCUACCCGCUCGCCGAUGGUCGAAGCAGCCCUGGAGCGUGAACUGCGCCAGGCGAACACUGAUGGCGUCGUUACCGAGGGGAUGGAUGAGUGGGCCGACAAAAUGGAGAUGGGCAACAAGCUUCUCCCCAAGCUCGAUGAUGGAUUCAAGGGGGUUACCGAGGACGCAAUCACCAUUCUGGCCUACGACACGUCAGUCGCCGUCAUGAACUUCUGGGUCACCCCCGAGCUGGCCGAAAGCUGCGUGGCGCGCGCGCUGCUCAUCACUAACCCGGAGCACAUUGUGCUCCUGCACAUGGUGUGGGGUGUGGACGAGAAGCGGGCCGGAUGGUUUACGCGACAGAUGCAGGUGUGGCGCAACACCAAGUGGGAACAGGGAAGGACCUUCGUAAACAUCCUGCACGGCCUUCCUUACCGCGUGCGGGCCAACCCGCGUGUCAGGCUGCCAGUCAGGCCCAACGGGCAGGACGUGCCCCGCAUCUCACGCAAGGAUUUCCUGGUGCAGUUCAAAGCUGGUGAGCAUUUUUCCGUAACGACCACCAUCUCAUAA